UCCUCGGCCAGAACUACGACAUUAAAGUGGAAGUAGGUGAACCAGAACGAGAGUAAUAUUUCUCCUGGGAUAUUUCUUUACUGGGACAAAUGCACGUCAGAUCAGCUGAGAUACAAGCAGAAACACCUCAGAUACAAGUAGAACAAGGAUUACCGAUAAGUGUUGAGGAGCCUCAAGUGAAUAUGCUUAAGGAGCUUCCUGAAGCCACGUCAAGUGUGUUCCAGAUUGAACAAGAGGAUAUAGAAUGGGAAGCCUCAGAAGCAGAAGGCAUAGUAUUGAAACCUCAGGAAAUUUUGGAAGUUCAGCCAGCAGUGGAAUUAAGUAAACCUUUGGAAGAUGGACAGCCCAAAAGUGAUGCAAAAGCUGCCAAGCACGUGACUUUAAAGGUGAAAUCAUUAGAAUUCUUGGAAAUAAAAGGAAAAGAAGUUAAGCGAAUACGAAAAGCUGUAUCAGGGAUUUCACCACCGAGACCAAGAAAGUGUUUAAAACCCCCUUGGGAUCCAAAACUAAAUAAUAAAAUUCCAUACAACUACUCCACUCCUAACCUUCAUGAUCUGUGCACCACUAUCCCAUCCCGGGAAUUGCCCAUUGACUUGCGCCUGGCUUCUCGAGUGUAUCACACUGCUGAUAAGAAAGGCCACGAUACCCUACUUGGAGUAUUUGGAACAUCUUUCAUAAAUGAUCGCUUUUCAGAUGAAGAGCAAAAGGAUAGAAUACUGCAUGGAAUUCCUGUUGUGGCUAACAAGCAAGAAUAUGUUCAUGUUCCUCCAAUACUACCAGGAAUACCACCUGAAUUGGUACAAAGAACUGGAAAGCAUGCUCGCAGACCACCACACUUGCAAGUUUGGGGAGAGGAAAUGUAUGCUUAUCCAGGAUGUACGAAGUUGUUUUGGAAUACAACUGCUCCUAAAUUCUCUCUUCCAGAAACUGUCAUGAAGGAAACCGUAUAUCCAAAAUAUGAGAGUAUUCAAGGAAGCAGACUUCUAAUUGAGAAAUUUUCAUCUAUAAGCGAUGAAAGUAUUAUAUUAGAUGAUGAUAACAAAACAGCUUUUCAGUCUUUCUUACGAAGAAAAUCUAGAUCAUUCGACAAUUUCCCAACAUAUUUGGUUGCACAACCUCCACAAUUAAAGAGAGUGAAAUCUGGAGCUGAGUGGAGGAGGGAGAGCAUAGCUCUAUGGGAAAUCAAGGAUGACAUCCAAAGCUGUAUGAAAGAGGUGAUGUUUCAGAAAGCAAAGCAGCUGGAGCAUCAGCUCACUAAGCAAAAUAAAACUGAGGAACCCAUUCCUGUGAAAGAAGAUAUAGAUGUCAUCUUGGAUGAUAUUCAGGAAAAACACGAUGUGACCGAUCUCUCUCUCUCUCUCAUUGAAGCAUCUAGAAAAGCUGGCAUUAGUUACAUCGUUUAUCCCAAGAAAAGGAAGAUGAAAUUCAAGAAAAGAUUGAAAUUCCAAAAACUUACAGCUGUGUUUGAAGAAUUAUCCAAGCCUCCAAAAUCCCUUAAAAGAUCAGCAUCUCAUGGAAUACUUCCUGAACAGAAGAAAUAUUUGCUCAAAAUUCCAUUAUAUGAACGUCAAAUACGGUGUCCCAGCUUACCUUUGUGUUUAGAUUUUGAAAAAUUCAUCCAAAGUAAGGGAGGAAUUCCAGAAAACGUUAAUCCUCGGAUAUGGGCUAUUGAUUUGUUCGCUAAGCACAAAAUUCAGAGGACACCUGUAACAGAGAAAGCUGUUGAAACAGAUGCUCUCAAAAACCUGCCUGGAAGAGAGAUAGAACCACAAAAAAUAGAAUUAAGCGAUUCUUUGGAGUCUUAUCUUCCACCAGAAGUCAUUAAACAUUAUGAAUCUGAAGUGGCGAUCUUGACUGAAGAAAUAAAUUCAAAGAAAAAAUAUCCUGCAUUUGCAUAUUGUAGGCGUGGAGCUCUUUAUAGGAAACUGGGAAAGUUACGGAGUGCCAUGGAUGAUCUACAGAGAGCUAUACGCUUGGAGCCAUUGUUGCUCAAUGCCUAUUGGCACCGACAUUUAAUUUAUCUUUUCCAAGACAAGAUUAAUGAAGCUUUGGAUGACUUGAACUAUAUAAGUAAAUAUAAUAAAAAUAAUGCAGACAUCUAUUUGUCAAAGGCAGAAAUUUUCAGGGGAAAAAAAGACAUUACUUUGGCAAUUCUAAACUAUACCCAGGCAAUUAAGUGUAGGCCCACAGAUGCUGACAUCUAUUUCAGGAGGGGCGAAAUGUAUGAAAUAGAAAACACACUACUGGCCAUUGAUGACUUUACUAGGUGUAUUCAUUAUGAUCCCAAAAGAACAGAUGCCUUAUGGAAACGUGGGAUGUUUUAUUUUGAAAAUGGAAACUGGAUUGCAGCCAUACAGGAUUUUACAGCCUUGUUAAAUAUAAAUCCCCAAAGUUCUCAAGCAAGGACAUACCGAGGGAGAGCAUAUUUUAAACGGAAUUUUCAUAAGCAAGCAAUUCAAGAUUUAUCUGUGGCAGUUCACUUAGAUCCUAAUAACUGGUUAGCAUUUUAUUAUCGAGCUUGCUUAUUUAGAAAAGCUAACCCUCUUAGAGCGCUACAGGAUUAUAGCGUUUCAGCUCUCUUAAAUGAUGGCUAUGAGAAUUUUGGUUCUUUUCUACAUCGGGGCAUAAUCUAUACACAUCUAAAACUUUGGAUGCUGGCAAUUUGUGACUUUGAAACUGUUAUUUAUCUAGAAAGAAAUAUUACUUUGGCUUAUGUAAAUAUUGGUCUCAUAUAUCUCCUACACCUGGAUAACUACACUGAGGCCAUUUUGAAUUUUUCUGAGGCUAUUAAACUUGAUCCUUUAUAUAUACAAAGCUAUAUUUGUAGAGCAGAAGCCUAUCAAAAGGUGCAUAAAUUGGAUAAGGCAGUAAGAGACUUAUCUUGUGCUAUCCACCUUCAGCCAGAUGGAAUUCAAUUAUAUAUAAUGAGAGGGCAGUAUCUUCUUAUGAUGAAAUGUUAUGAUCUUGCAAAGUUUACUAUUUAUCAAGUAGCAGAAAUGGACACAGGUCUUAUUGAGUUGAGUCCUGUACAGCAAGCACUUAUUUAUUCAUUUUGUGAAAACCAUGACAAGGCCAUUGAGGUCUUGGAGAGGCUCACUUGGAAUAAACCUGAGAUAUCCAUGUUUGCUCUAUUAGCAAAAGCUAAUAUGAAGGCUAAGAGAACCAAGGAAGCUGUGAAAAUAUUUAAGAAGACUUUGGAUAUCUUUUCUUAUUCUGAUAAAGGCCCAAGUGCCACAGCUAUUUCAGCAGACUGUCUGUAUAACCUGGGUCUUUGUUACAUGGAGGAAGGCAACUUACAAUUGGCUUUUGAUUCUUUUACAAAAGCUGUCAAAGCAAAUCCUGAUUUUGCAGAAGUCUUUUACCAACGAGGACUUUGUAAAGUAAAACUCUCCAAGGAUAACUCAAUCUUGGAUUUUAAUCGUGCAAUUACCCUUGAUCCAAGACAUUACCAGGCAUAUUUAAGCCGAGCAGCCUUCUAUGGUUUAAAAGGCAGAUACUCCAAAGCAAUCUUGAAUUGUAAUGAAGCUAUCAAAAUUUAUCCUGGGAGUGUGCGUGGCUAUCUGUACAGAGGAGUUCUGAAAUACUACAACAGGACUUAUAAGCUAGCAAUUACAGAUUUAACUACAGCUAUCAACAUGAACAAAAAAUGUUAUGUAGCAUUUUAUAACAGAGCAUUAUGUUACACCAAGAUAAAAGAAUUUCAAAUGGCAUUAAUAGAUUAUGGAAUUGUGCUGCUUCUUGAUGCUGGAGAAACUAUAACAUUAAACACCUUCAUCAAUCGUGGACUCAUCUACUCAGAACUAGAGCAGUAUGGUUUUGCAUUAGAGGAUUUUAAACAAGCUGCACUGGUAAGCCAGACUAACGUGAACCUUUGUCAAGCUGUCGCCGUGUGCCAUCACAGAAUUAAAGAGUUUGAAGAAGCUAUCAAAUUCUUUACCUGGGCUAUUGAAAUUAACCCGUGUUUUCUGGAUGCUUACAUUGGACGGGGAAAUUCUUACAUGGAAUAUGGUCAUGGUGAAGCCACCAAUCGAGCACAGAAGGACUUUCUGAAAGCGUUGCAUUUUAAUCCAUCAUAUAUAAAAUCCAGAAUUUGUUUAGGCUAUAUUUUGCAGGAUCAAGGAAAAUUCCAGAAAGCUUGGAGGCACUUUACCAUUGCCACAGAAGUUGAUCCAAAGAGCUACCUAGCCUAUGAAGGCAGAGCUAUGGUCUGUCUUCAGAUGGGUAAUAAUUUUGCUGCAAUGCAGGAUAUGAAUACCGCCAUGAAGAUCAAUACUACAGCAGAAUUCUUAACAAAUCGUGGUGUGAUUCAUGAGUUUAUGGGUCAACGGCAGAAUGCAAUGAAAGACUAUCAAGCAGCAAUUUCUCUAAACCCCAAGUACUCACUUGCUUACUUUAAUGCAGGAAAUAUCUACUUUCACCACAGGCAGUUUUCCCAGGCCAGUGACUACUUCUCAAAGGCUUUAAAGUUUGAUCCAGAAGACAAAUAUGCUCUCAUGAAUCGAGCUGUUGCCAAUACAAUAUUAAAGAAAUAUGAAGAAGCGAAAGAAGAUUUUGCAUAUGCAGUUGAAAGCUGUCCCUUUUGGGCUGCAGUAUAUUUUAACAGAGCACAAUUAUACUGCUGUUUAAAGCAAUAUGAACUAGCUGAGGAAGACCUUAGUAAAGCCCUGUCUUUGGUGCCUAAUGAUGGUGUAGUAUACAAUCUUAGAGCAAAGGUUCGUGGUAAAAUAGGACGGAUUGAGGAAGCUAUGGCUGAUUAUAACCAAGCACUUGAUCUUGAAGAAUAUGCCUCAGUUACAUAAUUACAUAGACUGUGGUUUCUGCAGUAAUUUACACAGUUGUUCUUCCUAAAACUGAAAUAUAUUUGUUGUUUGAAAAGUUGCA